AUGUGGGAAACAGAGAAAGCCUGGGUGAAAUGGUUCAUCCGCACCUAUGCCGACAGCCAGAAAGAGGAGCAUCGCAAGAUGGUCAUCUAUGUGGAAAGGAUGGUCCAACAACACGAGACAGAUCAAGGGCUACCUCCUCUGGACCUGCCGGAGCCUCAUCAAGGGAUUGUCCAGCCACGCUGCAAGGGAUAUCCCAAAGCCAAAGCGGCUCCAGCAACGGCCAGCAAUAUGCCAGCAGAUGUGAUGACAGUGAUGAGCGAGGAUCUCAACGAUCCGUGGGAUGUGAUGGAGCCCAUGACCAGAGAGUUUCAUCAAGAUCCUCUUCCCGAGGAGGUGCAAGCGCUUCAGACUCGCGUCCUCUCCAUCGAGAAUGCCCUGACCGAGAUUCUGAGCCUGGAGAGCUUCCAGAAAAUCCAGCAACAGCGAGAUGACAAUUUGUACCAGCUGGCUCUUGGACUUGUUCUGUAUCGCCACCAGGUGUCUUGCGGUCGACACAUGCACUGGGAGCAGCCAGCCAAGUCAAUCAUGUUGAGAAUUCCACUGUUGCGAGAGAUCAUUCAAGGGACCAUUGCUCGAGUUCUCACCAAAGUGACAUGCAUCAAAGAAGUGCCUAUGGGAGUAGAAUUCAUAGCUGCUGCCUCGACCAAGAGAUCCAAUGGCGCUUCCAUGUUGCCGAAACCAAAACGAGCAAAACUGCGAGCAAGCGAGCUGAUUGACCCCAGAUGGGUCCCCAAAUGCGAUGUCAGGGUUAGAACCUACGACAGCGGCUCCUCCGGACGGAGCCACCAAUUCAGACAUGACACUCUUGCCAAAUCCAGCAUCCGUCCAAGCAUCCGAAAGUCCCAGUAA